GUGUGUGUGGUGAUGGGUUGUUAGAAUAUUGCCACACUGGAGAUUGAACACACCAUUCAGACAUUAACAGAAACCACAAGGAAGAGUCACGCUCAGCAGCAGUGUGCCAGAAGAGAUGCCCUCCUGUUGUUCACUUAUGGUGUAAGAAAAGGAUCAACUUUUUCUAAUCAUUGGCGUAGGAGCAGCUGGAGCAACAUAUCGCUGAACCAAAGUUUGCACCAUGGUUGUCCAAGAGUCACAGGAUACAAAACUGACCCACAGUGAUUCUGUUUCCCCAAGCCAACAAAACAGAUCCAACACAUCUUUAUCCCAGUUCUCUGGAAACUCACAGCAUUUUACUUCUAAUGAAAAUAUCUAUUAUGAGCCAGAGGAGUACACCGAGACAGAUUUUUUGCUCCCAAAUCAGCUUUAUGGCAGGUCACGGCUCACCAGAUCCCCUCAACCAAAAGAUGCAAAUGUCUCAGGUGCACUCGAAGAGUCCAUCUGUUCCAUGGUUGUGCAGAUUCUGGUGCCAUUUCUGUUGGCUGGGCUUGGAACAGUUUCUGCCGGGAUACUGCUCGAUAUUGCUCAGAGCUGGGAGGUGUUCCAAGAAAUCACAGAGAUCUUAAUUCUGGUCCCAGCUGUUUUAGGCAUGAAGGGAAACUUGGAAAUGACUCUGGCUUCAAGACUCUCGACUGCUGUGAAUGCAGGAAAAAUGGACUCUCCCAGAGAAAAGUGGAUGCUGAUUGCUGGAAACCUGGCACUCAAGCAGCUACAAGCUACAGUGCUGGGCCUGCUGGCUUCCCUAAUGGCAUCUCUGUUGGGCUGGAUGGCAGAAGGACAGAUGCCCUUUAAUCAUAUAAUGCUCCUAUGCUCAACCAGUGUUUCUACUGCAUUUGUGGCUUCACUGCUGCAAGGUAUCGUUAUGGUGGGAGUGAUCAUUGGCUCCAAGCGGAUAGGAAUCAACCCUGACAAUGUGGCCACACCGAUAGCAGCCAGCUUUGGAGAUCUCAUCACUCUUGCCUUGUUGGCAUGCUUCAGUCAGUGGUUCUACUCCUUUAUAGAACUUUAUCCAUAUGUGUUGUAUCUGGUAAAUCUAUCGUUUUUAUGCCUGAUUCCUGCCUGGGUGGCUGCCUCAUCCAAACAUCCAGCCAGUGAAAUCUUGCUGCACACAGGCUGGGAACCCAUCAUUAUAGCAAUGCUCAUCAGCAGUAUUGGAGGAGUUAUUCUGGACAAGACUGUAUUAGAUCCAAACUUGGCAGGGAUUAUAGUUUAUGCCCCUGUCAUAAAUGGUGUUGGCGGAAAUCUCGUUUCCAUACAAUCUAGUCGUAUUUCAACUCAUCUGCAUUUGAAAUACUCACCGGGGCAGUUGCCUGAGGGUCGACAGAGCUGUUCCAACCCUUGGCACACAUUCUUUGGUUCAGGAGCAAACCAUCGAUCUGCUAAGAUUCUGCUUCUCCUGGUGAUCCCUGGUCAGUUGAUCUUCUUACAUGUUAUUCACCUGAUCAAAGGAGGCCACACUUUGCCAAGUCCUCUCUUCACCAUCGCCUUCUUGUUUGCAUCUUUGAUUCAGGUGUUAAUUCUGCUCUGCAUGGCUGACUGUUUGGUUCACUGUUUGUGGAGGAGGGGUAAAGACCCCGACAGUUACUCAAUACCUUACCUCACAGCCCUUGGAGAUCUUCUAGGGACUGCUCUACUUUCAAUUGCUUUUCUCAUGCUGUGGUGCAUUGGUGAUCCAGGCAGUGUGUAGAUUCAAAAUGAGAAAACAAAACCCUUAUAGUGCUUAUUAUUUUAAAAGGCAAAAUGCAAGUAAUACUGAAGAUUUGCAACACACAAAUGUGCCUUCACCUUUAUGAACAAGUAACACAGUUUUCUGCCUUAAGGUGUUUAUUUAAAACACAAGAAACACACCUACAGGACACAUACAAAUACUCUUAAUUUUUGCACAUUUCACAUCUUUGUGUCUGUCUAAUCCACUGCAAACCAUCAUGUACUUACAAAGUCAGGACGUCACGAAAACAGACAAACCAUGACAGCGAGAGUGCAAUUUUUUUCAUCUUGUGCUUCACUGUGUGUGUGUGUGUGUGUGUGUGUGUGUGUUGUCACAAUAUGUUUUUUUUCCCCCUGUAAUUUCUCUUAGUACAGAAAUGAAAGUGCAAUGAAACAUUAUGUGGAGGCCUAUUCAGAUGUAUUGCAUUUUAAAUCUUUUUUUAUAAUGUUGCAAAUUUGUAUUCAGUGUAUUUUGCUAUGUCUGAAAAAGUACAUUAAGUGGUAGAAACCAGCUACUGUGUCUCUUGUCUUUCCGUUUCAGAUAGUUUUGAGAUAAUAGAAAGGCUGAUGAAUGAACACAGAAAAGGCAGAACAGUCCAGCUUAGUAACAACACAAUAACGUACUAUGUAGCAGCUGUAAACCUAUCUGGGGGCUCUAGUAAUGAAGCUACUGAAUGUUAAACAAAUUCUUCUUAAUCUUUCUUUGUCUACCAGUAGAGUUAACAGCAGCCCCAAGAACUGUAUGUGCAAAAGUUAUGAAAUUUGGGACCAUAUCUGGGAAAAGUCCCUCCACAGUUUUGCCUCUGAGUCUGGAUUGCUCACCUAAAGAUUGAAGUCAAAUGUGUGAUGUUCAAAAAUGGGAUGCUUUUAAAUUUCUUGGACAAAGUCGGGUUCAAAGCACACUGUGUUAAAAAAAGAAAGAAAUUUAACAUUUAACAUGACACAAUUUCACUAUUGUGAUUUUUAAAGUGACUUAUGUCAGCUGACUAACUGGAGAAUAAAAUGAGCACGGAUCAAUCGGUUCCCUUAUUUGUGCAAAAAAACCCAAGAAACUCAAAAACAAAGCAAACUUAAAUGUAACAAAUAUAAGUAAAGUGUGGGAAAGAAAAACAUUUGGGAUUUCAAAAAAGAAUAAAAUCUAGUUGAGCUGCUGCACCAGAAGCCUUAUUUGUAUGAUGUGUUCUGCAGCUGUUAUCACUAUCAUACUUACGUGAGUCUGUGUUAUCAUUAUACAACCUUUAUGCAUUAAUCUUGACUUCUCGCCAAAAUUUAGUGAUCCACGUCACACAUUGUGGCAUCAUGCCACACAUGAUCGCAACAAACUGCUGAAACUGCACAGUAUGAAGGCGCCUUUAAACCAAGAUCUCGUGGGUCUGGUAUGCACCGACAUCAAAUUUGUCUCUCAGAAAAGUAUAAUUUGACCUUUGAUGACUCUGCAGUCACAAA